AUGGAGACAAAGGCCGUGACUGUCACGAAGGCUACGUACAGAAGUAUGCUUGUCAGUAAAACUCUUCCUGCAAUCUUCGACAAAUUUCCCAUGGACGUACAACGUAUUGUGGUACAGCAUGACAAUGCGAAGCCCCACGCAGUCUCCUUCGACAGCGAGGUUAUUGCUGCAAGCAAGCUCAACGAUCGGCAUAUUGUGUUCGGUGACCAGCCAGGAAACAGCCCGGACUUGAACGUCCUUGACUUGGGCUUCUUCAACUCGAUCCAGUCGCUCCAGCAAAAGAUGCCCGCUUUCACAGUUGACACGUACCUUGCUGCUCGUCUUGCUGACCUUUGA